AUGGCAUCGAUCCCUCGACGGUAUCGGUCCUCGACCGCGACUUCAACCCAGGCUCCAUCCCACUCGUUCGAAAUACUCCGCAGCCUUCUCGACACCUUGACGAGCGACGCUGCGACACCGAGCGAAAACGGGUUUCCAGAAGUGAACAAAGCCGUCAAGUCCUUGCGACAGAUCGCCCAGCAUGUAUCGGCUCCAGCCACGUCGGUCCACCAGGACGAGUUCCGGCACGCCCUUGGUUUCGAGUCCAUCCUUGACCUGCUCCGGCACUUCUCCGGCUUCUACGACCCGCAAAAAAGGACCGAGGCCGAAAUGCUCUUGUUGUUUAAGCUGCUGGGAGCUUUCUUAGGCGUCCUAUCUGCUGCGAUGCGUGGUCACGCGGGCAACCGCCGAUACUUUCGAUACCGGGUUGAAGGCGGCGGCUGGGAAGCUCUCGAACAGAUCAUUGCUAGUAUUGGUCUCGGCGGCGCUGAACCGGACCCGUGGAUUAGUUGUCACGUCUUUGGAAAGCUCCUGGCCUUCGCCCUGGACGAUGACGGCCUCGAUCUACUCUGUCAGUCCGUCGCCACGACCCUCCGACCAGACUCCACGGACGGCGCGAGCCACAGCGACGAGCCGGUGAGACAGGACGAAGAGGAGCAGUGGGAUCUUGUCCUCGCGCGUUCCGUCCGGAAUAUCGGACCCAGCGUUCGCGAAGUCGUCAACGGCAAGACGGUCAUCAGGUUUCCUGAAAUCCUCAGAGCAGUUAUCAGCUUCUGGACCACGAUCCCGCGACCCGAAGCUUCAGCAGCGAACCCGAGCUCCGUGCUCGUGCUCGAGACCAUCCUUUGCGCCAUCAAGGUUUCGAUAUACAACCGCGCAGCCGUUCAUUCCACCGGUGUUCUCUCCCAGUUUCUGCGUGUCGCUUUUGGGCAGGGCUGGCUGGAAGAAGCCGAGCGGGAGCGGCUCCUGAUGAUAUGUCGGCUACUCAUGUUUCUGGGCGUCAACGAACCGGCGGACACGCAGUUUCUCCUCUCCGCGCCAGGAUCUAAAGCUGCCGACUUUUGCUUGGAGAUGAUGUCCGCUUAUGCUGGUCCCCCAUUCUUCCAAUUCGACCUUUCUCUCCAUGGGUAUUCGUCUCUCGAACUACCCAGUCUUGGCCGCUCGUUUCCUCCUCAAUCAUCCGCCGGCUACACUUUCACGGCCUGGAUUCGUGUCGAGACCUUCGACCCGACCACUCACACCACAGUCUUUGGAGUCUUUGACGCCUCCCAGACAUGUUUCGUGCUCAUGUAUCUGGAGAGGGACACGCGCAACUUUAUCCUUCAGACGUCUGUCUUUUCCAACAAGCCCAGUGUGAGGUUCAAGUCUGUGGUCUUCCGUGAGAAAAAGUGGUACCACAUCGCCAUCGCCCAUCGGAGACCCAAGACCAUGACAGGGAGCAAGGCGUCGCUUUAUGUCAAUGGCGAGUUCGCCGAGCAGGUCCGCUGCAGCUACCCCCACACGCCUCCGCUGUCGAACGGCAGUAACGAAAGCUUUGCGUCGUUCAAUUCGGGCCAGAAUCGGACGAAUCCAGUCCAAGCGUUCCUCGGUACGCCUCGUGAGCUGUCUGGACAGACGGGAGCUGGUGUCGUGUUGUCGAGAUGGUCACUCGCGUCAGCCCAUCUCUUCGAGGACAUCCUGAGUGACGACUAUCUGGCAGUGCACUACGGCCUUGGCCCCCGGUAUCAAGGCAACUUUCAGGACAGCCUUGGCGGCUUCCAGACCUAUCAGGCAUCUGCGACGCUGGGCCUUCGCAACGAGAUCACGCAUCCCGGGAAGGACGAAAACUCGGAUAUUUUGCGAGCUGUCCGUGAAAAGGCCAGCUUGCUGCUCCCGGAAUCCAAAAUCCUGCUCAGCAUCCUGCCAUCAGCUACAUUUCCCGAGAACGUGCAGUUUCAAGACACCGGCCUCCUCCGAUCACUGCCGCGACUGUCCACCCGCAAUCUCUUCCGCAUGUCCAACCAGGAGGGAUCUCCGCUGGCUGUCAACUGCGCCGUCCCUAGCUUGUCAGACGCACUAUUUAGAACGCAUGGAAUCGCGUCUUUCCGCGGAAACCCGCUCGUGGCCGUGCCGUCGCACCUAGACGAAAAUCUUUGGCGUCUGGCUGGCUUUACGCCGCUCGCGCUGAAGCUUUUAGAAAGGGCCACAACCGUGGAGGACACUGUGCGGGCCCUUGAGAUAAUGUUUCACUGCAUUCGUAAGAGCUGGCGCAACAGCGAGGCAAUGGAGAGAGACCAUGGAUAUGGCAUCUUGGGCGUCCUGUUGCGCUCCAAGAUCGGCUACAACAACGGUCCAAUGGUCGAUACCCCAUUCCCGCGUCUUCUGAUUUCCAAUGAAGAUCGGGAUAGCUUGGCAUUUCGAGCCCUGAGCCUUAUUUUGGACUUUGUCGGUUACAACCAUGCCGAGCCGAUCGAGUCCUUCAUCGUGAACCCCCUGGCCUAUCGCAUACUCCUCAUUGACCUAGACAUUUGGCGGCGGUCGGCGCCGCGUAUCCAGGAACUGUACUAUAAGCAGUUUAUGACUUUUGCUGUCAAUAGCAAGCACCACGAGUUUAACAGCAGGAGACUGAUUCGGAUGCGAAUUGUGAAGAGACUCUUAGACGCCAUGAAGGGUGAAGGCGUUUCGGAAGACGUCAUUGACCACUUCAUGAAUGCAUUCCAAGCCCUUGUCAAGUCAAAUCUCAGCCAAGAAGUUAUGAGGUCUCUGUCGCUGUACAUUACCUACGCCUUUCAUACGCCGGCCACGUCGAUAUCACGCACACCGCGGCCUUUAUCCGCGAUCUCGCGAUCCAGCACACCCGGCCCGAUGAAGCGGUUGGCUGGAGAUGGCAGCCGGACUCAAAGCCCUUCCAUGGGUUAUCCGUUUCUGACCAAGAAGCAGCUCGGUAUCCGCGUCCUGAUAAUGUAUUCGCACAUUCUUUGCGAGAAGGGGAACCUGAACAACAUCAAAAAGUUUGCCCGAACAGUGACGAACAAGUGGCUCUUAUACCUUCUUGCCGACGAGGAUCCUUGCAUCGUUGUGCACGGAUGCAAAAUCCUUGCGAGGUUGCUUGUGGCCCACGGAUCUUCCUAUACUUCCAAGUUCGCUGGCAAGAGCGGCGGCUUUACAAUUAUGGCGAGCAGAUUGAAGCGUUUCUGGGACAUUCCGACAUUAUGGCCAAUAUGCUUCAGCAUCUUGUUUGGCCUCGACGUCGCCGACUUCAACUUCAACCGAACCUUCAACGUGGCAAACAUGCUGGAAGUUUUCGGCAAGCGCAAGGUGGCUUACCCGGAGUCUUCCAUCAUUAUUACCUCUAUGCUCCAACAUGGCUUAAAGGAAGUGAUGAAGCAUCAAGAGGACCCCGAAUCGCCCGCGAAAGCUGCACCAUCGGCUGCGCUUGCGCGAGUGUCCCUGUCAGACCCCAAACGCCAAGCCCGGUCCAUGGAGCUCGGCAUGGCCUUGGAAACACGAUCAAUCUUCUCUGGAGAUCGUGAGCGGGUGGCCGGCAAUGCAGAUGUGCUGCAAACCACAUUGGAUUUUCUGAAGCAGCUACAAGGUCGCUCAAACGAAUUUCGAGACUUCGCCCUCACGUCUGAGUGGGUGCGACUGCUCCUUUCGGCCUUGUACCCCGUCGUCGUCAGCACGGAUUCUGUCACGCCUGAUGUUGAGCUCAACUCUCGAGACUCUGCUCUGACGUUUGAGGGUGGCGAUGUUAUAAUAAGGCCGAUCGGUGGAGGGCUAGCGCCCGCGCCAAUAGUGCGAACGAGCUGCGUUGACGCCGUGCCGUCGCCUCAGUCGACUCCACCAAAAGGCACGCCCCUGAGACGAGCGUCGUCCUUUGUGCUACUCACCGCACAGCGAGAGACCCAUGCCCCGAACUCAAGUACUGUCACGCCUCAGCAAAGGAACACGGGCCAUGACGGAGGCAUAGGCAUUGCCGACGCUGUACUGGAUCUUGUGCUUGGCGUAUUCCUCGAUCAGGUCCUUUCGCGGAAGGACUUUUCUGGAUUCGGGCUAUUUACAAAGGUGCCCCCUGGGUUCCAGGAACACCAGGCCUACUUCGAGUCAUACAUACUCAAACGUGUCGUUGCAAACAUCUCGGAUCAGAUCCACGCGAACCAGCGGGCCAUCUGCGAACCGCGGAUUCUGACCAAUAUCUCGCGGUUGUGCCUACACCUGGCGGAGGCGAUCUUCGAAGGCUGGUUUAUCGAUGGCGCUGAGGCCAUGAUUGACUUUGGCGGGAUGCUCCUGGAGUUUCUGCAGCGACCAGACAUUGCACGACUCAAGAGCGUACGACUCUGCAGCCAGGCCCUCAACACAAUUCGCAGCUGCCUCCUGAGGAUCAUCUUGCUUGGACUGUCGGACUUGGACAACACCAAAGUCACGGAAAAGGAAGCGAAAGACUUUAUGAACAAACUGGCCUAUUGGCAGAUGUCCAUCCUCGAGUCCUUUUCUGGGGACGAUGAAUACCUCAAGCUGUUUUGGUACCAACUGUACACGAAGCUCAUUGGCGACAAACCAUCCAUCCGAAUGGCCGCGGCCAACUUCUUGCGAGUCAUCCUGGUGCAAAAGCCAGACGAAUCCGUCACCAUGAUCCGCUCAUGCAUGACGCCCGACCAGCGCCAGCUGUCUCGCGAGUUUCAAAAGCUCACGGAGGUAGACGACGAAAGCUUCAUUGCGUGGGUGGACCAGCACCGGCCAUCUCUCGACGGCCUGUUCUUUGGGAGCAUGGCCAAGACAUGGGAAGAUUUUGUCAGUGCCGAGAACCAGAGAACGUUUGACACUGCCAAGGGCCGUUUGUCCAAGCGGAAAGAUAAGCUCAGGGCAUGGCACGCCGAGUCUGUGAGCGCCGACAAGACGCUGCUCAAUCAUGAGGUCGGUAACAGCGCCUGGAUGAAGAGCAUUUACAAUUCGGAGUAUUUCAAGUACCAGCGGCUCCUGCAGGACCAGCAAGAUGACUCGGCGUUUCUCAUGGCGCUGUAUCGCAGAAUGGAACGCGAUCUACGACGACCCGGUGCCGUGUUUAACGAGCCGGCACCACUCAAGUGGAAGCUGGAUCGGACAGAGGGCCGCAACCGAAUGCGGCUGCGGCUCCUGCCAGAUGCCUCCGCUGCCGACGAAAAGUUCCAGCCGAAGAAGAAGGGAGGCGGUGACACGACUCCUCUGCGUGUCAACACCGUGGCGAAUACACCGCCCGCAACCAUCACGCCGACCCCUGCAAGUACCCUGGAUGGUGCAAGUGACCGGACUAGUACAAACUCUGAAGCUAUCGCGCAACCAGAUCAGUCAGACUCGGGCGUAGCACCAGAGGAUGACUUCGAGCUGGUCGAUGACCCCAACGAAGCCAACGAGGGCGAUGAGAAUUUUGAAGACAAGAACCGCAAGGUCAUGCGGCGGUUACAGCCAUACGACCAGGUACAGGCCGCCUACAACAUGUCUCGCAUCACAGGCCUAGAGGCGUGCGAAGGCCUUCUCAUAGUGGGGAAAGAUGCCCUCUACAUGAUGGACAAUGUGUUCCAGUGCAGCAAUGGGGACAUUGUCAAUGUGUGGCAGGCGCCGUCAGAGGAGCGCGAUCCGUUCACCAUGGUCGUAACUGGCUCGAAGACGCUGGAGAAGCAGCAGAACUCCAGGGAGCAAGAGUCGCGCCACUGGCGGUGGCAGGACGUUAUCAGCGUCUCCAAACGCAGAUUCUUGUUCCGAGAUGUGGCGAUCGAGAUGUUCUUCACCGACGGACGGAGCUACCUCUUGACAACCAUCAAUCCCACACUACGGGACGAGCUGUUCGUCAAGCUGUUCAAUAAGGCGCCACACACCAGCGCCAUAAACUCGCUGCCCAAUCCAGAGGAUGCCUGGCGCCUCGAGGCGCUCAAGACAUCUGACGAGUCACCGCAAGGGUUUGGAGCUGGUCUUGGCUCAAGAUUGGGAACUCUGUUCAAUUCAUCGCCCUUCAGCCCGAUCUUGAAGCGGUGGCAAAGAGGCGAAGUGUCCAACUUUCACUAUCUCAUGAUGGUGAAUACCAUGGCCGGCAGGACCUUUAACGACCUCACACAGUAUCCCGUGUUCCCCUGGAUCCUUGCGGACUACACGAGCGAUGAUCUCGACUUGGAAGAUCCUGCAACUUUCCGAGACUUGUCGAAGCCCAUGGGUGCGCAGACGCAAGGCCGCAUCCCCGGCUUCGUGGAGACGUACAACGCGCUGCGAGAGAUUGGCCAGACUCCAUUCCACUACGGUACUCACUACUCGUCGGCCAUGAUCGUGUCAUCGUACCUGAUCCGCCUGCCACCCUUCGUUCAGUCAUACCUACUGGUGCAAGGGGAGAGCUUUGACCAUGCCGAUCGCCUCUUCCAGUCCAUCGGAGACGCUUGGCUGUCGGCAUCGUCCCGAAACAAGACCGACGUGCGAGAGCUGAUCCCCGAGUUCUUCUGCCUGCCCGAGUUCCUCACAAACAUCAACGGAUAUGACUUUGGGCGCCGGCAAAGCAACGGAGCCAAGGUGGACAACGUUGUCUUACCCCCGUGGGCCAAGGGCGACCCCAAAAUCUUCAUCGCCAAGCACCGCGAGGCGCUGGAGAGCCCGUACGUGAGCGAGAACCUGCAUCACUGGAUUGACCUAGUCUUUGGCUACAAGCAACGUGGCGAGGAAGCAGUCGAGAACCUCAACGUCUUCCAUCACCUGUCAUAUGCCGGUGCGAGCGACCUGGAUCGCAUCACCGAUGCCAACGAGAGAGCAAUCACGGCCGGCGUGAUACACAAUUUUGGACAGACCCCUCACCAAGUGUUUAGCAAACCCCACCCUCCGCGUGAACAUGUGCAGUGCCCUGUUCGGAGGCUUGAUACAGGCGUCUUUUCGCUCAGCUGUCUGCCUAAUCCGCUGUUGGAGAGCCAUGAUAGGGUCGAAUCACUGGUCUAUGCGCCAAAACUGGACAGAUUGCUCUGUGCAUCUCCUUUGCGACUAAACUUGGCACCGUACGACAAGUUUUUGGAGUGGGGAUACGCCGACAGCAGCAUCCGGUUCUUCUUCAGCGACAACCGCAAGGUACAACAGUUGAACUCUGCCCUGAAGAUUGUCAAGCUGACUGACGAGCGCAAGCCUGCCGGACUUUUUGAGAACCUGCACACGGGCCAGAUCUCGUGCGCGUGCUUUGCAGAUUCCAAAACGCUCAUCACGGCAGGUGAGGAUUGCGUUGUGUCAGUGUUCACCGUGACCACGUCACCGGGAAAGCCGGUAGAACUGGUGCCACGGUCGAGCGUCUUCGGCCACAAGACUCCAGUGACAACGAUUGCAGUGAGCAAGGCGCUCAGUACGUUUGUUACGGUAUCGUCGGAUGGUCAGGCCUUUCUGUGGGAUUUGAACCAGCUGUCCUUCAUUCGCAAGCUCCCGCUUGUCCGUCCGGUGGAGUGUGCGCGCAUCAACGACGUCACCGGGGAGAUCCUCCUUGGGUCCGGCCCCAACGUCCUGCUGUACACACUCAACGGCAGCCUCAUUCUGGACCAAAAUGUUUGCAUGGAGCAAGAGGAUGCAGUCCUCUCUUGUGCCUUCUACGAAGGCGCAGGCAACGAGUGGUUGGAGAACCAUCUCAUCUUCACGGGGCACACCAAGGGCCGUAUCAACGUUUGGCGGAAGAGUGUCAUUGGCGGCAAGUGGACUUUGGAGCCGCUGAGGCGGCUGGACCACGUCGACUACAAGAACGAGAAAGGAGACAACACUGAGGCGGGCAUCACCUGCAUCACGCCAAUGCCGACGUGUCUGUACUCCGGGGACGAGGACGGACGAGUGUACGAAUGGAACUUUGGUCGAGGCGACAGGUAG